AUGGGAAACAAUCCCUCAACGGCAAACCAGCCGCAAAAUAAAAGAGUGGGCCAGCUGGCAGAGGAGUUUCGGGGCCGUCAAGAUUCCAUCACAUCGCAGCUUUUUCCCAGUAGAAGCGCAGGACGACAUCCAGAAUCAGAAAGAAAGGCUGGGUGGACUAGUCGGGUUUUGCCGGGCUCAAAAAACGCAGCAAGAUCGACUUCGUCUGGCCAACAGCACGUUGUGAACUCCCCGUUCCGCAAAAACUACUCCAUGGACAUGAAACAGGAUUCCCCAGCGCCAUUCGCUCUGAAAAAAACCCCCGUGGCCAACCCUGCGCCGCCUAUGUGCAUUAUUGCCAACGCCAGCGCUGACGAGUCGUCGUCAUCGUCGCUCAGGGACCACUUGGCCGAGCUCUCGUUGCAGAAUUCAGAAACGCAGCCAACUUCUGUAACUGCGACGUCGAGUGCUGCAGGCACAGCACCUGCUCUUCGAAGCCCGGGACCUGCUACCCCAGUGGUCAAAUCCACUAAAGAAGAUGCUCUGUCAGAUCAUCUUUCCAGCACUACGUCAUUAAAAAGGCUUUUAGUCGAAGGCAGGAUUGGAGAGUCCAUGCAUCUUCCUUCUUCAUCCAUCGAUAUUCCAAGGCGAUCCAGCACGGCGAUUUCAGACGCUUACAUGUCUGACGAUGAGGGAGAUGAUGAAGAGUCCCUGUUACAAGGUGCAAACGAUGUACUUAUCAAUAACUCCAUGUUAGAAAAUGCCAUGAAGAGGAAAAGAAGUACCACCAAGAAAAGCGGCACCAUAGGAAUGUCUCUCAGUUCUCGAGACACACUGCACCAUCCUGGCCAGAAAAAGUUAAAACCGCUCAGCUCUGGCAGCGAAAGAACCAAGCUGCCCGAUUUCAAAGUCAUGCAUGCACGGCCUAUGGAGGGAGAAAUUAGCUGCGAUUCAUUUUCAAUGCCUCGGCUUGUGCAAAACAACCUUGAUCGUAUUGAUUCCUUCGAAAAGGGAACCGCAGAGCACUUUGAAGGCACUCGCAGUACGAAUAGUUCACAAAGCGUCACCUCCUCAGAGGAGCAGGUCUCAGACGAGCAAAAUGAGACUAUCGAAACCCAUGUGUUGGUUAAGUGGAAGGACAACAUCGUGGAUCCCAAGACAUGCAAAAUGUCGAUAGUAAGUAGGGACAUCAUGUCUGUCUUGGGUCCGCAUAAUAAAUCCAAGAAAAUACCUAUGACGUUUGACACAGAGUCCAAAUGCUGGGUAGCUCCAAAUCUUUUUCUUCCACCUGGCAUUUACAAAUUUCAGUUCUUGAUUAAUGGCGAAUUGCGACACUCUGAUUUCCUCCCUACUGCAACUGAUUCUUUUGGCAGUUGUGUCAAUUGGUUCGAAGUUGUUUCAGGGCAUGAAGUCAUAGAACCCUCAAGAGAUGUUCUUUCGGCCACAGACGCUCAGCUUGACGACAAGGAAAAUGACGCACAAGCUGUAGCGUUUCCAAAACCACCUUUGAAAUCAGACUCUUCUUCUUCUGAUUACAGGGGUUCUAAUCGGCAUGUUGAGGGGACAAGCACUCCAUUCUCGGACUACACAGGACUUUUCAGUAGAUCUGAUUCCUUCAAACCUCAGCUCAAUCAGAGGCACACAAGUAGCCUUGACUUGCUUGCUCCACCGCAGCGCAAAAAACACGAGUACUCCGAUGAGAUUCCAGAACUCUAUAAAACAAACUUUGAGGAAGACCCUGAUUUGCCUCCGUACGAACCGCACCAAAAUCUGUCUGAAGGUGAGACGGAUCGCCCAAGCUUCUUACAUCGCGUUCAGGAUUGUAAUCAAGAUAUGCUAUUUGCAGAUCUACAACAGGGUGGAAAACUGGACUCACAGGCAGCGGAAAACGCUUUCUUGCAACAAUAUCCAACUCCGGACCUUCCUGUUUACUUGGACUCUUCAUUUUUGAAUGCAGUGUUUAGCCGCUUUCAAAAGAAGAAUGAAUCCAACAGCAGAGUGAAUCACAUAGUUCCUCACGUCAACCUCAACCACCUGUUGACUAGCAGCAUAAGAGACGAGAUAAUAAGCGUGGGGUGUACGACACGGUAUGAGGGCAAGUUCAUUACUCAAAUCAUCUAUACGCCCUGUUAUUAUGGUAACAAAAAAAAGUGA